AUGUGGCUAGCUGUUCAAGGUCGCCUCCCUACUUUGGAUAGAAGAUCAAUGGCUAGAUUUGACAAUGUAUGUGCUCUGUGCAAUGUCAACCCAGAAUCUCAUUCUCAUCUGUUCUUCUCAUGCGAGUAUACUUCCCCAAUUUGGACUUUCUUCAAGGCGAAAUGCAAGAUUUCUAUUACAGCUUUGACAUGGCCGGAAAUUGCUUCAGUCUUCAGUAUCCAGUGGUCUUCUCCAUCACCUUGGAAUCUACUUAGAAAGCUCUGCCUCGCGACUUUGGUAUAUCACAUUUGGGAGGAGAGAAAUACCCGUAUCUUCCGUGGAUCAAAGCUAUCACAGAAUUCAAUUCGGGCAAGGAUUUACCACACCAUCACCUCUAUCAUGAAAUUAGGGAUCUUCAGGGAUUCCAUUACUGCGCAUCACAUUCUCAAGGACUGGGAUCUUUCGCCGUCUUGUUGCCGGCCGCCGCCGCGUCCACCUGAUCGAAGAUUUGAAGCCUUAAGCUUCAAUCGCUGCAAAAGCCAGUCACCGGAUGUGUAUCAGACCACCAUUAACGGCUAA